CAUUAAUAGCCCGUCUACGCUAUGAGUCAGGAGGAUCAGGACAAGACUUUGAUAGCAUCUGUCCAUGACUUACGGUAUUUUGUGGCACUCUUGCGAGGUAUCAGCUUCAACAAUCGCGCUACAGUUCGAGCCAGUGCUGCAGGACUUGCCAUCUUCGUUGAGGAAGCGCGCAGCCUGCUCGCCGUGGCAUAUAUCUUCAGUGGCAUCUUCGAUGAAUAUAUCUUCAACCCAGAGCCUCCAUCCGGUUCGGCACCGGAGUCCUCACAAGAAGAAGAUUCCUGCGCCGUCUUCGAGAUUCCUUUGAACACCCUGACAGAAUGCCUGAACGUCUUCGGUACGGCAACUGCUUCAAAUAGUGCUUCAAACGCCUCUAGGUUCAGAAAGUGGGGAGAUAACGGUGAAGAUGACGAGGAGGAACAUCUUAACCAAGGUGGCUCCGGUCGCAAUAACCCAGACCCUGCUAGAGGCUCCGGCAAUGGUCGCAUCGACCAGUAUUUCGGAUCCGACAAGGGCACCGGAAUGCGCCUUACCUACGCCGGCCCUGGACACCCGGUGACACUUUUGGUAGCAGAAGAUGCCAAUGGUCCUACCGCAACCUGCGAGGUUACUACAUUCGACCCUGAGCCGAUACUGGAACUCGACUUCAACGAGACACCAUGUAUUAUGAAAGUCAUCUUGAAGUCUUCUUGGCUACGAGAUGCGCUCUCCGAGCUUGACCCCUCAUGCGAAAGACUGACAAUUAUAUGCAAUCCUCCGCCGCCUCCCGGUAGAGCUGCUCUACCUUCGUCCCAAGCUAGGCUUCGAUUGCAAGCGAUAGGAAACUUCGGCAGCACCGAGAUGGAUUACCCAAACGACAAGGAGGUCCUGGAGACCUGCGAAUGUGCUGAGCAGAUCAGUUUCAGCUACUCCUUCCGUCACAUCUCUCGCGCCCAGCGCGCUCUGCAAAGCUCAACGAAAACCUCAUUGCGUAUCAACGAGGAGGGACUGCUCAGCUUACAGUUGAUCAUGCCCAGUCCGCGAUUUCGAGAUGAUGGAAACUCAGAUGGUUUCAUUGAAUUCCGAGUACGUGUCACGUCUCAAGCCCAUGCCAUACCCGCUGAUGAUCUGUUGAUAGUGCCUGCCAUUGGAUGAGAACUCAUAAACCAAUAGUCUCUCCUCGGUGAAUCGUGUGGACUUUCUUGCUCAAUGGUAUCACCAAUUAUGUUGUGUAAUUGGUCUCCAGAGUCCGGAUACAUAUUGUAUUAUUAGUGGCGUGUAAGGCUCUUGCUU